AUGUCUGACCAAGACCACUUCCACCUCCUCCCCCUAACCAUCGACCCCAAAUCCAAAUCCAUCUCCUCACUCGGCCCCUCCUCGCGAGCCCUUGAGGCCGAGCUCGCCGCCCUCAACAAUCUCCACAGAACCAUCCUCACCCAAAUCGAGCCCCCCCACAUCGUCCCCCCUCCCCCCAUGCCCGUCAACCCAAAGCGCUCAGCCAACGUCUCCAAGCUUCGCGAGUCGGGCAACAACGAAUACCGCAAGGGGCGCCACGCCGAAGCAAUCAAGUUCUACACCCUCGGUCUCCAAAUGGCGCUUACACGGGCCCCGUGGGAGCCGUCGCAGCUGGUGCGGGAGGAGGUCCACGCGCUGUAUAGCAACAGGGCGCAGGCGCAUAUGCAACUGGGGAACUGGCCAGAGGCGGCGGUGGAUGCAGAGGCGAGCGUGGCUGCCAAGAGCCAGGGUAAUGCGAAGGCUUGGUUUAGGAGGGGGAAGUGCCUGCUUGAAAUGGGGAGGUUGCAAGAGGCCAGGGGGGCGGUGGCCAAGGCGUUGGAGUUUGAGGGGGAGGAGAAGGAGUUGGCUGAGUUGUUGAAGGAGAUUGAGGGGAGAAUUGCGAAGGAGGGGAACUAG